GAAAAUAGUUAUAAAGUGUGCAACUUGGCCUUACAAUUCGUUAAGUAUUUUAUUUGCGACGAUUUCGCUGCUCCGAAAAUUCCUGCGUGCGCUUCGUUGGAAAAAGUAAAAUCGAGUGACCGUUCGCGGCAGAGGCUGAUAAUCUUGGAAAAGGAGCGUCGAUGUCUGGCAGGCCCCUUCGAUGUCUGGCAAGGCCACAUCGCUGUUUCCCACCUCUAUUUCCGCCGCUCUCAGCGAUUUUAACAGCUCUGUUAAGAUGCAUCGAUACCUAACAGCCGCUUUUAUUUCGAUGCAUCUUAACAGCGCUGUUACACUACACUAAAAAAUACUAAACCUGGAAAAUACCGAGUUCCAGCUGCGUUUGGCUCAGCAACCAGCCGAUCUGGCAACCCUGCCAAAACAAGCGUGGAAGAGUUUUACCUGCCGAGCAAUCGCCCCCAAAAAACCGAAACAAUGAGCGACGACGAAGCGGCGGAGACCAAUACCAGCACGGAGCCGGUGGACAAUGCGUGGGCCAUGAAGAUCCCGGCCUUCAAGCAGGAGGACAACCCGCACGGCAUGGUGGAGGAGAGCUCGUUCGCCACGCUGUUCCCCAAGUACCGGGAGCGCUACCUCAAGGAGGUCUGGCCCCUGGUGGAGCAGUGCCUGGCGGAGCACCACCUGAGGGCGGAGCUGGACCUGAUGGAGGGCAGCAUGGUGGUGAGGACCAGCCGCAAGACCUGGGACCCCUACAUCAUCAUCAAGGCGCGGGACAUGAUCAAGCUGAUGGCCCGCAGCGUGCCCUUCGAGCAGGCCAAGCGGGUGCUGCAGGACGACAUUGGCUGCGACAUCAUCAAGAUCGGCAACCUGGUGCACAAGAAGGAGAAGUUCGUGAAGCGGCGCCAGCGCCUGAUCGGGCCCAACGGAGCCACCCUGAAGUCCAUCGAGCUGCUCACCGACUGCUACGUCCUGGUCCAAGGGAACACCGUCUCCGCCCUGGGUCCGUACAAGGGCCUGCAGCAGGUGCGGGACAUCGUCCUGGAGACCAUGAACAACGUGCACCCCAUAUACAACAUCAAGGCCCUGAUGAUCAAGCGCGAGCUGAUGAAGGACCCCCGCCUGGCCAGCGAGGACUGGUCCCGGUUCCUGCCCAAGUUCAAGAACAAGAACAUCAGCAAGCGCAAGCAGCCGAAGGUGAAGAAGCAGAAGAAGGAGUACACUCCGUUCCCGCCCAGCCAGCCGGAGAGCAAGGUGGACAAGCAGCUGGCCAGCGGAGAGUACUUCCUCAACCAGGAGCAGAAGCAGGCCAAGCGCAACCAGGAGCGCACCGAGAAGCAGAAGGAGGCGGCCAAGCGGCAGGACGAGCGCCGCAACAAGGACUUCGUGCCGCCCACGGAGGAGGCCGCCUCUUCGAGCCGGAAGAGGGAGCGGGACGACGCCUCCUCCAGCAAGGUGGACGUGAAGGCGCUCAAGGCCAAGCUGAUCAGGGCCAACAAGAAGGCGCGGAGCUGAUUCUUUUCGUAGUGUUAAUUAGCCUUAGGAUUAUCAAUAAAAGCUAUUAUGUGAGCGAGGAAAUAGAAAUUGAAAACGGA